GUUACAGUAAUGCAAUCCAUUUCCUAGCACAAGUGGGUAAGUACCACUCUGACUUGGGCUGGGCUUAAAAGCAAAAGAAAAGCUCCCAGACAGUCAGAGUGGAAACACUCCCACAUUUCAGUGCAGAUAAAUAAAUGAAGGUCCAGAUUAUCCUUCCUGUUCUGUCUUGUCUGUGGGAGACGAGUUGCCUUUGAUGCAAAUUAUUUGAGCCAGAAGAACAUCUGUGGAACAUCCCCUGAUACAUGAAGCUCUCUCCCCAGACUUCGCGUGUUAACCUGGGGAUGAUGUGGACCUGGGCACUGUGGCUGUUCCCUUUACUCUGCAAAUUCAGCCUGGCAGCUCUGCCUGCUAAGCCUGAGAACAUUUCUUGUGUCUACUACUAUAGGAAAAAUUUAACUUGCACUUGGAGUCCAGGAGAGGAAACCACUUAUACCCAGUACACAGUUAGGAGAACUUAUUCUUAUGGAAGAAAGCAUGAUAAUUGUACAACCAAUAGUUCUGCAAGUGAAAAUCGUGCUUCGUGCUCUUUUUUCCUUCCAAGAAUAACGAACCCAGAUAAUUGUACCAUUGAGGUGGAAGCUCAAAAUGCAGAUGGUGUAAUUACAUCUGAUAUGACAUAUUGGCAUUUAGAGGGCAUAGCAAAAACUGAACCACCUGAGAUUUUCAGUGUGAAACCAGUUCGGGGCAUCAAACGGAUGAUUCAAAUUGAAUGGAUAAAGCCUGAAUUGGCGCCUGUUUCAUCUAACUUAAAAUACACGCUUCAAUUCAGGACAGUCAAUAGUAUCAGCUGGCUGGAAGUCAACUUCACUAAGAACCGGAGGGACACAGACCAAACCUACAACCUCACGGGGCUGCAGGCUUUUACAGAAUAUGUCAUAGCCCUGCGAUGUGCAGUUGAGGAGUCGAAGUUCUGGAGCGACUGGAGCCAAGAAAAAAUGGGAACGACUGAGGAAGAAGCUCCAUGUGGCCUGGAACUGUGGAGAGUCCUGAAACCGGCUGAGGCGGACGGAAGAAGGCCAGUGCAGUUGCUAUGGAAGAAGCCAAGAGGAGCCCCAGUCCUAGAGAAAACACUUGGCUACAACAUAUGGUACUUCCCAGAAAACAACACUAACCUCACAGAGACAAUGAAUGCCACUAACCAGCCACUGGAACUGCAUCUGGGAGGCGAGAGCUAUUGGGUGUCUAUGACUUCUUAUAAUUCUCUUGGAACGUCUCCAGUGGCCACCCUGAGGAUUCCAGCUAUUCAGGAAAAGUCAUUUCGGUGCAUUGAGGUCAUGCAGGCCUGCCUUGCUGAGGACCAGCUAGUGGUGAAGUGGCAAAGCUGUGCUCUAGAUGUGAACACUUGGAUGAUUGAAUGGUUUCCGGACAUGGACUCAGAGCCCCCCACCCUUUCCUGGGAACCUGUGUCUCAGGCCAGGAACUGGACGAUCCAGCAAGAUAAAUUAAAACCUUUCUGGUGCUAUAACAUCUCUGUGUAUCCAAUGUUGCAUGACAAAGUUGGUGAGCCAUAUUCCAUCCAGGCUUAUGCCAAAGAAGGCGUUCCAUCAGAAGGUCCUGAGACCAAGGUGGAGAACAUUGGCGUGAAGACAGUCACAAUCACAUGGAAGGAGAUUCCCAAGAGACACAGAAAGGGUAUCAUCUGCAACUACACCAUCUUUUACCAAGCUGAAGGCGGAAAAGGAUUCUCCAAGACAGUCAACUCCAGCAUUUUGCAGUACAGCCUGGAGGCCCUGCAACGAAAGACCUCUUACGCUGUUCAGGUCAUGGCCAGCACCAGUGCUGGGGGAACCAACGGGACCAGCAUACAUUUCAAGACAUUGUCAUUCAGUGUCUUUGAGAUUAUCCUUAUAACUACUCUGAUUGCUGGAGGCCUUCUUCUUCUCAUCAUCCUGACAGCGGCAUAUGGUCUCAAAAAACCCAACAAACUGGCUCACCUGUGUUGGCCCAGCGUUCCCAACCCUGCUGAAAGUAGUAUAGCCACGUGGCAUGGAGAUGAUUUCAAGGCUAAGCUAAACCUGAAGGAGUCUGAUGACUCUGUGAACACAGAACGGAUCUUAAAACCAUGUUCCACCUCCAGUGACAAGUUGGUUAUUGACAAGUUGAUGGUGAACUUUGGGACUUUUCUACAAGAAAUUUCCACAGACAAAUCCAAAAUCAGUCAGGAAAACAAUUUAGGAGGGGAAAAGAAUGAGUAUGUGACCUACUUAGUCACACCUGACUGUCCCCUAGGGAAAAGUUUUGAGGAGCUCCUGGUUUCACCUGAAAUUCCUCCCAGAAAAUCCCAAUGCCUGUGUUUGAGGAUGCCAGAAGGGAGCUGCCCAGAAGCAAAAGAGCAGCUUCUCUUUUCUGAUCAAUGUUUAGCACCAUAUCAUCUGUGUGGGGAAGAAGCACCAAAUCCAUAUUUGAAAAAUUCAAUGACAACCAGGGAAUUUCUUGUGUCUAAAAAACUGCCAUAGCACACCAAGAGAGAAGUCGAAGUGCAACCAUGCCGUGAGACCCUGGGGUCUCAGUGCGGGUGACCCUUUCCAGAGAAGAUGUCGAGACUCAGCAAGCCACGCGUUCUUGGCCCCUCCACAUCCUGCCUGGGUUAAAGUCUCCCCCUGCCCCUCAGCUGCCAGUUGAACUUGGUUGGCACAGAUGUGACCUUGUGCUGGGAAGAAGGGACGGUGAUAAACCUGAGUUUUGUAAAGGAA